AUGCUAGCUGAAUUAUAUCUCACCUUUUGCACAGACAAUAGAAUAACACCCAAAUAUCACGUUUCGGAUAUUUUGGAGAAAACACCGUCGACAGAGGAAUAUGUUUUUAAACUUGCAGGAAACAACAGAGUAAAACCUGUUGAAAGACUUGAUGACCAAGAUGCUCUAGUGCUCUCAAAGUGUCUGCUAAAUAUCAAGGGUGUGACAGCUCUAGAUCUGAGUUACAACUGUAUUACAGAUGAGGGCAUAAAACACUUGGCUGAGCUCCUUCAGGAGGAAAACUCAUCAUUGCAUUCUCUGGAUCUCACUUUCAAUGACUUUGAGGAUCAGGGGGCAGAAAUCCUUUCCCAGAGCCUGCAGUCAAAUAGAACACUACUGUCCCUCACUCUAUCAGGGAAUAAAGUGAAAAAUACAGGAGGAAUGAGUUUGGCCAGUCUCCUACAGCUUAACAACACUCUGCGAGUACUGCGCAUGGCCAACUGUGACCUGAAAACUGAGAGUGUCAUUGCUUUUGCCAUCGCUUUGACAACCAACCAGACACUGCGCUGUCUUGAUAUCAGUCGGUGUCACACUUUUGGAUCUGAGGAGGAAUGGCACUGGACUGUGCACUUUGCUCAUAUGCUGGCUGUGAACCAGAGCCUUUUGGAGCUGCAUUUAGGGACCAUGGGAAUAAUGACGUGUGGAAUAGAGAGGCUGAGCAAAGGACUUCUCUUCAACUACACCCUGAAAUACCUCGAUCUGCACAGUAACCGUGUGACUCGGGAUGAUGUGCAGCCAUUGGUCGACGUAUUGAUGAAGGAGAAUUCCACUCUGGAGGUGCUUGAUCUCUCGUCCAAUCAGAUCCAAGAUGAGGGUGCUGUGUUAUUAAGUCAGGCUUUAGCAUCUCCAAACUGUUCCCUCAGAGAGCUGUCUCUUUGCAGUAACAGCAUCCGCACUGAAGGUUUACUCUCUCUGGCUAAAACUGUGGGUCAGAACUCCACUUUAACUCACCUUUACAUCUGGGGCAACCACUUUGAGGAGCUUGUCUGCCUGGCUUUCAAAAACCUGAUAGACAGCGGUCGUCUUGACCCGGGCCACAUAGAUGUCAGAGCUUAUGAAGUGGAUGGUCAUGUUUAUCUCUCUCAUGUUUCUCAGACUUUGAGAAGACAAUUUUAUGAACCUAAAAACAACUCCAGCACCACAACAUUUACCAGGCAAGAGGAGUCCACAAACAGGACCUCUCCAAAAGGAAUAAGGUUCUUUGUGUAA